AUGAAAUAUCGCUCAGUUCCGUGCAUCAUUGCAUUCGUGCCACUAUUCUGUGCGAUUGAAGAAACACCUCAAGAAGGGCUGGAGGCGCUGGUGAGCGAGUUUUACCGUGAAUAUUCAGAUAUACAGCUCUUAAAUGCUAGAAGAUUUAUUCAGUAUUUCAAUGAAGAUACAUGCCAAAAAGAAGACGGCUAUGUUGAUUUUGAAAAUAAGGUAAUGCCAUUGCUAAGCUGUAUGGAUAGCAGAUUCAAGCCAACAAGGAAUAUCACAGCUGCAGCCUGGGAUGUAGAUUUGAGCGCUGUCCAGAAACAAUUCCAGAGGCUCAUAGACACAAAUUUUUUUCACAAGGACACUCUUGCCCAUGGAUCUGCAGAUAAUCCUAUGCUAAAACAGGCCGGCAUUAAUUCAAGAAAGAGCGGAAUCUAUGCUUGA